AUGUAUGCGCAGGCGCAGCUUGAGGCCCUUAGAGCAGCGAGUUUUAAAGGCCCCCUAUUUAAUUUGUCUCUUCUUCCGCUUUGUAUGCUGCUGCAGCAGGGAGUGGAGGCUAGUGUCUCCUUGGAGACACUAGGGCAGCAGCGAAGGGUUCGGGGUGAAGGUCUUCGCAGCCUCGCGAGCCCAGGCAUCCGCUUGCUUCACGUCCUGAAGCAGCAGCAGCAGCAGCAGCAGCAACAGCAGCAGCAGCAACAGCAGCAGCAGCAACAGCAGCAGCAGCAACAGCAGCAGCAACAGCAGCAGAAAGGGGGUUGCAGGCAGAUGGCGCUGAGCGAAGAGACAGACAGCGAAGAGGGACAGAGAGAGACGGAGACGGAGAAGGAGACAGUGAAGGAGACAACAAAGAAGAAAAACAAUGAUAGAGCAAAGGAGACAGAAGAAGAGGAAUAA